GCUUGGACUGAAGCAGGAGACCGAUCCCUUUAUGUUGACUCCUACUUAUGAGGACAGUGACCACAGUGAACCAGAACCAGACAGUGACCAGCAGCUUCUCCUUCACAGCUCUCCUGUAGCUGAGAGCCAGGAUCAGAGAGGAAACCAGCAUGUAGACUCAGGAUCAACCAGUGACAGUAGCAAUGUGGACAACUCUCCCAUGUCACAGACUGAGUGUGAUCCUACCACAGGUAACAAGUCCUUCACAUGUGACACUUGUGGGAAAACUUGUAGAUGUAAGUCCGAUUUGAACCGACAUUUGAGAAUCCACACAGAUAAGAAGCCACAUGUUUGCAACACAUGUGGGAAGAGUUUCACACGAAGUGGUCACUUGCAUGACCACAUGAGAAUUCACUCUGGUGAGAAGCCAUAUUCUUGCAAAACAUGUGGGAAGAGUUUCACUCGUAAUAGUUCCUUAAAUACCCAUGAGAGAAUCCACACUGGUGAGAAGCCACAUGUUUGCAACACAUGUGGGAAGAGUUUCACUUAUAAUAGUUCCUUAAAUACCCAUCAGAGAAUCCACACCGGUGAGAAGCCAUAUGUUUGCAACACAUGUGGGAAGAGUUUCACACAAAGUGGUAACUUGCAUGAGCACAUGAAAGUUCACACCGGUGAGAAGCCGUAUGUUUGCAAAACAUGCGGCAGGAGUUUUACUUGUAUUAGUUCCUUAAAUACGCAUAAGAGAAUCCAUACCAGUGAGAAGCCGUUUAUUUGCGACACUUGUGGGAAGGGAUUCAAACGGAGGUCACAUUUGACAAAUCAUUUAAGAAUCCACACAGGUGAGAAGUCGUUUAUUUGCAACACCUGUGGGAAAGGAUUCAGUCAGCGCUCAUGUUUGACCACUCAUUUAAGAAUCCACACAGGUGAGAAGCCGUAUAUUUGCAACGCUUGUGGGAACGGAUUCAAACUGAGGUCACAUUUGACAUAUCAUUUAAGAAUCCACACCGGUGAGAAGUCGUACGUUUGCAACACCUGUGGGAAAGGAUUCAGUCAGCGCUCAUAUUUGACCACUCAUUUAAGAAUCCACACCGGUGAGAAGCCAUAUAUUUGCGACACUUGUGGGAAGGGAUUCAGACAGAGGUCACACUUGACUUCUCAUAUAAGAACCCACACCGGUGAGAAGCCGUAUAUUUGCGGCACUUGUGGGAAGGGAUUCAAGUGGAGGUCACAUUUGACGAAGCAUUUAAGAAUCCACACAGGUGAGAAGUCAUACGUUUGCAACACCUGUGGGAAAGGAUUCCGUCAGCGCUCGUAUUUGACCAUCCAUUUAAGAAUCCACACCGGUGAGAAGCCAUUUAUUUGCAACGCAUGUGGGAACGGAUUCAGACGGAGGUCACAUUUGACAAAUCAUUUAAGAAUCCACACCGGUGAGAAGCCGUAUAUUUGCGGCACUUGUGGGAAGGGAUUCAAGUGCAGGUCACCUUUGAUUAAUCAUUUAAGAAUCCACACAGGUGAGAAGUCAUACGUUUGCAACACCUGUGGGAAAGGAUUCCGUCAGCGCUCGUAUUUGACCAUCCAUUUAAGAAUCCACACCGGUGAGAAGCCAUUUAUUUGCAAUGCUUGUGGGAACAGAUUCAGAUGGAGGUCACACUUGACAAAUCAUUUAAGAACCCACACUGGUGAAAGGCCGUUUCCUUGCAGCACUUGUGGAAAAGGUUUCACAGAGAACAGGGCCUUGCAGGUCCACAUGAAGGUCCACACAGGUAAGAAGUAGGGUAGCAACAGUGUGAGAUUUUCCCAGUAUGAUAACUGUCUUAUUGUGAUUUCACAGUAUCAUCAUAUAACAUACACCAUUACUAUUAUUAAAGUAAUUAAAACAGAAGGGUUUUUUUUUAUAAUAAAUUGCAAACAGGGUCAUAAGUUAACACCCACCAGGAGCAAAAACUGGUAGAUUUUCCAUUUGGUGAGUAAAUCUCAGAAGACCACCUGCCACACUGGUGGGUAAAUGUUUGUAGCAAAAUAGUCGUGGACUAAAACUGUGUCCUGCCCUGCUUCUGUCUGUGUCAGAGUCUGACAUGCACACCCGUGUCUGUGAAGACCUGCUCCUGCUCUGCCUCUGGUUGACUAUAGUUUGCAUGUUAGCACCAGUAGU